AUGCGGCGACUGCUGAGCACGACCAAGCAGCACCGAAGCCAGCUCAGCCAGCACUUGAACCAGAACAACCCAACAACACCCCCCGACGAACAGGACUCCUUCCCAGGCCUCUUCCGACGAUGCGGCCAGCUCGGACGAGGGAUGGGCCUGAUGCGCAGAAUCAUCAGACCCAUCCUCAGCACACCAACAGCCACCACCACCCCACUCCAGAUCACCAUCAUCGAGGCAUACAUCGAAAACCUGCUCCGAUGGAACCAGCCCCACCGCGCAUGGGCACUCCUCACCCGCUUCGACUUCGGCGCACCCCUCACACCCAUCGCCGGCCGAUUCGCAGCACAGGCUCAGCGGAUCAGAACAGCCCGCCCCGCCUGGAAACCAAGCGACAGCGCACGCGAAAGCCUGCUGGCCAUCUACCUCAUCCGCAACCGCCCAGACCUCGCACUCGCAGCCGCCAACAACACCCACUCCUCCGACCAGGCCACCGCCCUCCUCAUCUGCGCACGAGCAGCCACUAACAACCCGCUCCCACCCCGCGCCCCGCCCCACGGCCCAAUCACCGCCGCCGUCCUCGCCAAGUACUUCUACCGCACAGAGGGCCCCGCCGGACUCACCAGAUGGCUCGAGCAGCAGCAGCCACAGAACCCCCCCAACCGACGCCUGCUCUCGGCCUGGCUCGACAUCCUGCUCCUGCCCACACAGCCAGCCCUCGAGCCGGUCGAGCUGGCCGGCUGGAUCCAGAGGCUCGACCAGCACGGCCUGCUCGGCGAACGCGAGCUCGAGAGCUACCUCAGAUACACCAGGCAGUGGCUCGAGUCGCAAACCAACUCCAGAAUCAAAUCCCUCAUCAACCACCACCACCACCACCCUCCUCACACCCCCAUCGCCAUCGAUCCUAACCACCCCAGCCUCGGCUAUCCCCAGCUGAUCGAGCUCAUCAAGAGAGUCUACCAGCCACCAUCAACAGACCAGCCACAUCACGCAAAGCCCUCGACCAUCGUCGUCUCCGAGAUGGUCCGGAUCUUCAGCCUGGUCGGAACCCCGCCAGAGAAGCUGGCAGAGCUCAUCGACCGCGAGGUGGCCGAGAACCAGAGCCAGCUCCGAUCCAGCCACAUCAUCGGCCUGGCCUGGAGCAGGAUCAUCAACCACGACCUGCCCGGGCUCCACACCCUGCUCGACCGGGAGAUCAAGCUCAAGUACAAGCUCGUCCUCACCGGCCUCCUCACCACCAUCAUCCUCGCCGCACUCAUCGCCACCCGCGCACCCAAGCCGAUGCUCAUCAAGAUCUCCCAGAAGCUCAUCGAGCAGUGUCCCACCACCAACAGCCAACAAAACCACUACCAAGGCCGGCCAGGAGAAGCUACGGAGAGCGUCGAGGGGUAUCUGGCACUCAUCAAGGCUGCCGAGGCCGUCGGCGACUGGAUCCUCAUCAAGGAGCUCCACGAGGCCCUGCUCGCCAGGUUCGGAAGAGAGGCCCUAUCGGCACCCGAUCGGCCAUUCUCAGUCGCCUAUCUCCAUCUGAUCUUCCAGGUCUACAUGAAGCUCAACGAGCCCCUGCUGGCCCAGAAAGAGCUCGCGCUCACCUUCGACCCUCUCCGCGACCACUAUCUCCAGAUCUCCUCCUCCUCGUCUCCUGACGAUCGUCCUGGGGGAGAAGAAGGAGAAGAAACAACACGCUUCCUGAGCAGCGGCGUGGUGCGCGACAGUCUCGACACGCAGACCGAGAGCCACCUGGUCCCCGACCACCAACGGUAUCGGGCGACGGAGGCCGACGAGCGGGCGGAGUACGCCAGGCUGGUGGAGAGCGUCCGGCGGGCGGCGCUGGUGAUCGAGAAGAAGCUCGCCGGCCUGGCCCGGCUCCGCAGGCUCUUCGCCCGCCGGGAGGAGGAGCAGGGGGCCGUCCAGGGCGAGAAGGGAGAGCUGGAGUGGCAGGCCGCAAGGCUGGCCGAGAUCGACGGCCGUCUGCACAAGUUCUCCCAGGCCCGCCUCCUCAACCUCGCCCUCCUCGCCCGUCUCAACCCUCUCACCACCCCUCCCCAUCCCGCUCCGGGCUCGGCCGAACAGACCCACCCGGAGAACCAAGGCCCCGGCCCCCGCGCCCCCCGCAAGGCUCGCAGAGACCUCGCGUGGAAUCAGGCCAUGCUCGUCGCGCUCGGCCUGCUCAAGAACCUGCUCGCCUGA